AGUAAUCAAUAUAGCACAUUAAUGUUUAACAAAUAUGCAUGAAAUGGCUUCAUAAGUAACGUUACAAUGUAGGCUACUGUUAUACUUUCAUGUUAAGUAUUAACAUUUAUUUUCCAUGCACGGCCAUUUUUGUACAAAAGGAAAAACUGUUUCAGGUCACGUUUUACAAAGCAAAUUUUGUGUAUAUGAAUGAACAAAACAGUCCUUUUCUCAGCGUUCUCCCGCCGUCUGUCUUUUCAAAGCUCAAGACUCGCUUCCGGUUUCAGCCAAUUAGAUCCUGCCAUGUUGGGAGCGCUCGACCAAUCACAUUCCACAGCGAGGAGAAAAACUUGGACGAUUCAGUGUGUAAAUCGCGUGUCGCAAUAGAAGAAAUACAAGUGGGAUGUGUUGAACAAUAGAGCAGGGAGGCGCCAACAUUCCCCGUCAGGAACUUUCUGGUUUCUCUCCUCCUGCAUGCCGAUAGUCAAGCAAACGCGCAUUAUAGACUUAAAAAGCCGUUUCAGUCAAAACCGACUGUUGAAUUGGUAGAAAUAAAGGCGGUUUUCUGUCAAGAGCAGCCGAGAGCAUUCGAUCGCAUCUGUUCUUCUAAGGGAGACUCACAUCGCCGGCGUCCUGUUGUCAAAUGAUUUGCAUACGGACUUCCGCCCCCUGAAUUUAGUUUCUGCAUCAGCUACCAAAGGCAGUGGGCAGACCUGAGCCCUCAUGUUAGACGUGGUCAUGCGGACUUGACAUUUAAACUCGUCUAAUAUUUGGACAUGAACGGCAGACGCGUUUAUUUCGGAUUGCCCGGAUGGAUUUGGAUUAAAGGCUACAUUGGGAUCUGACUCUUUCUUUCCCACAGGCGGUUCACGUUUACUAUGCCGGAUAUCUUCCGGCUGUUUGUGGAUGUACCGUGACUGAUUUACAUUGACUUGCAGUGUAAUUUGGGAUAUGGCACUUUAAAACGCGUCGGACUAUAGGCUACUGGGUAUUUUCUAGCAGGAAUAUGUGCUUUUCAUCUCUCUGGGGGUGAUUUAAAACGGGGGAUUCCUCGUCAGUUUGCACUUGUCUCUGGAUUGUAAAGUGGGUUACGGGUUUACCCGAUACGGCCACGUCUUUCAAUCCGAUACAAUAUCUGAUGUCUGUUUCAAUGUGUCAGAUUAUAAACGAUGGAAGAGUUGGCCAUCUCUUUUGGAUGGAGUUUUUCUGUGCCUUCUUCUUUUGACGCCUCGGAUACAUAAAUCAUAGACUCUGUGUUUUUUAAUCGUUGGAUUGCCUAUUUUGGCGUGUCUUUUAGACUAUAUUUUUACAGGUUUGGAUCUUGUUGUUUAUUUAACUCGGUGCUUUUAAUGGAACUACAGUUGACAUCACACGUUUCUUUCUUGUGAUUCAACGCAAUCGGAGGAUUUUCAUAACACACUCGUUUUAAUUCCUGAGUGGAGAAAUACUGUGUGGUGUCUGUUGAUUUAUUUGUUUCUCGUUAGAGGCAUUUGAAAGCUUCUGCACACACCAUGACUUUCUUGUCCGGGGCAGCGGUUCUGUUGCUGCGUGGACUCGUCAUCUCUGCGGUAUUGGGUUUAGAGAGUUCAUACACGAGUAAUCUGACAAACCGAGUCACUCCGGAUCCAGCAGCACCAGCUGUUGCUCCUACAGACCCAUGUUUAACAGUUGUCCCUCCAUGUGUGACGGAAGCCGACCGCUUCAGUUUAGAAGCGCUCCGGCACAUUCACAAGCAGCUAGAUGAUGACAAUGAUGGAGGCAUUGAAGUCAACGAGAGUGUGGAGUUUAUUAUAGAGGACAUGAAGCAGCAUCAGACUAAUAAACACAGUAAUCUUCAUCGAGAGGACCAGCACAUCACCGUGGAAGAGCUGUGGAGGGGCUGGAAAAUCUCAGAAGUGCAUAACUGGACAAUAGAGGAUGCAGUCCAGUGGCUGAAGGAGUCAGUUGAGCUGCCUCAAUAUGAAAAAAACUUCAGAGAGUUUAAAGUAGAUGGCAACACGCUACCUCGAAUAGCGGCCAAUGAACCGUCGUUUAUGUCAUUGCAGCUAAAGAUAUUAGACCAACGACAUAAACAGAAAUUAAAUUUGAAAGCAUUGGACGCAGUACUUUUUGGACCUCCGCUACGUCCUCAUCAUAACUGGCUGAAGGACUUUAUAUUAAUGAUCUCAAUCAUCAUUGGAGUUGGAGGCUGCUGGUUUGCAUACAUUCAGAACAAGUCAUCUAAAAUUCACGUCUCUCAGAUGAUGAAAGACCUGGAGAGUCUUCAGCAUGCUGAACUGAGCCUCAUAGAGCUCCAGAGCCAGUUGGAGAAGGCGCACGAGGAGAAUCGGACGGUGGCGGUGGAGAAGCAGAACCUGGAGCAGAAAAUGCGUGAUGAGAUCAACGGUGCUAAGAGAGAAGCCAGCCGUCUGAAGGAGCUGCGAGAGGGGGCCGAGUGUGAGCUUAGCAGACUCAAAUAUGCAGAGGAGGAACUAGUGCAGGUGCGAAUGGCACUGAAGAGGGCAGAGAAAGAAAUGCAGACGGAAUGGUCCGUGCCUGAAUCCCUGCAGAUGUGGCUACAGCUCACACAUGAGGUGGAAGUGCAGUACUACAACAUCAAAAAACAAAACGCAGAACUGCAGCUCGCAGUCGCAAAGGAUGAGGCCGAAAAGAUCAAGAAGAAGAGGAACUCUGUGUUCGGUACCCUCCAUGUUGCACACAGCUCAUCGCUAGAUGAAGUCGACCAUAAAAUACUGGAGGCUAAAAAAUCGCUGUCAGAGGUCACGGCUUGUUUGCGGGAGCGUCUGCACCGCUGGCAGCAAAUUGAGAAGCUGUGCGGCUUUCCGGUGGUUAAUAAUUCUGGGCUGUCCAGCCUUACUGCCUCCCUGUAUGCCGACCACAGCUGGGUGGUCAUGCCACGGAUGUCUGUACCGCCCUACCCGAUUGCCGGAGGGGUGGACGACCUCGACGAGGACAUGCCCCCGAUCAUUCCACAGUUCACCUCUCCGCUGAUUCGACCUCCUCUGACCCGGAACAGUAGUGUGUGUCGUUCUCGCAGAAGUCUCAUGUCUCAGCCCUCGUCCCUCUCUGCUGACCCUGACCUGUUAUCCAUGGCAUCGGCCCCGCUGGCUUACAGACCCGAGGGAGACGAUGAGCACAUCUUCUUCACUGUUGAAAGGAAGGGGGACCCCCAGGACACAUACUCAGAUACGGACUCGCUCAGUUCCUCUUUGGGCAGGAAACAGUUCUCCGUUCAGAGUACCUGUGCUACAGGCACGGACACCCCGCCACGCAAAAUCUCUCGUGAGGAAUUUCUCCUGUUGGCGCAAGAGGCCCAGGCUGCCGCCAUGGAGACAUUACCCACAUCCUCAUCCUCCCCUUCAUCUCCACUUGACUCCUCCUCAGUUCACAAGGGCUCUCCUGACCUCACCCGCUCUGUCCUCCCAGAAUCUCAAAGUUUGACCUUUCAUCCUGGCACCAAAGCCGUGGCCUAUAAUGGCAUUCUGGAAAAGUCAUACAGCUUGGGGCAGCUGCCCGCUGGAGGGACGCCUUCAGAGGGACUUUACCCCUCGAUUAGCUCACUCGACACAGAAGGCAAAGCUAUCAAGGAACCCAAGCUGCUCCACUCCUCACAGGACUCCUGCGAUAAUGCAGAGAAAAAACGCUCCAAGAUCAAGAGCUUGUUUAAGAAAAGCAAAAAGCUGUGAGGAACAGUGGAGAGGUAGUGGAAAGAAUGGAGAGGAAAAGAAGCCUUAAAACAAAGCAAACGAGGGGGAUGCUGUCAACCAGAAGCCAAAACAUUUUUUAGUUUCUUUGUAUUUUUUUAUUUCAAAAGAAUGAAGCUUCAUCUAGAUAUAGUCCUGGCUUGAAAUCCUUUUAGAAUGUUUUUGUCUCGCACAUAAUCCUUUUAUUGCCAGAAUUUUCCAGAACAAUUCGCCUACUCACACACAUCAAAAUACAACUCCUCCUUGCAUUUAAGCAUUUCUUCAUUCUUUAUUCUUUUUCGAUGUUUACAAAAUAAUUUUAUUUAUUUAUUCAGUAAAGCAUUACUAUUUUAUCUGUUCAGUGUAGCAUCACUAAACUCCUCCCUCUCCCAAUGACUUAUGGGUAAAACCAACCAUAAGAAUGUGCAUAGAUCUGCUCUUCAGUAGACCAUUAGGGUAUAUUAAGAAUACUAAUUUCAACAUUCAAUAAUUUGGAAGAUACCAACUCUCCUUUGACAUACUAUUUUGGAUGGAUUGUAUGCUAAUUGGGACGCAUGGAUGGCGUCUUCACUGUCUUUAGUGGAGUUUCUGUUCUCUGUUCAGUCCAUCAUUAUGAUGCCAUUUGGAAGGGAUCAGGAAGUAUACUAACCGGAAAAAAAAUCAUAGAUAUAUAUAACUAGAUGCCGCAUUAACAGCCGUUUCGCUAUACAGUAUGUAGGUCUUCUGUUAUUUUAGUCUGUUUUUAUGACGUUGAUGUAUGUCCAAGUGUUUUAAAAUAAGUUUGGAUUUAGUUAACUGCGCAGACUCUGGGCCCUAUCAUACACCCGGCGCAAUGCGGCGCAAAGUGUUUUUGCUAGUUUCAGCCCGAUGCAGUUCUCAUUUUCCCGUCCUGCGCCACGUUGUUUAAAUAGUGAAUUAAUUUGCGCCCAUUUGUGCGCCCAUGAUUGGAUUAGGGACAUUAGCUGGUCUAAAAAAGAGGUGUGCUCAGUUCAGGCGCAUUGUUGGCGCCUUGCAAUUUUGAGGAACUGAAAAUAGACCAACUCAAACCUGGUCUAAAGUAUGGCGCAAUAUGUUUGUUUUUGGUUAUUUAAAGAGCGGGUUAGUAAUAUGCACCUAUGGGUGGGUGCACAGUGCUCGUACAUUCUGCUUAUUACACACAGAGGGACGCGCAGCAGCACACAAACAUGCCAAAUAUUACAAAUAAAUGCACUACAAUGUAAAAGAUUAUUAUUGUGUGCAUAAAGAUAAAAAAUCCGGCUUGUCCUGUAGAUGUGUGCGUUUCCUCUCUGGAGAGGAGUCCGGUCUUUGCUCUUGCAAAUUCCUCCGUGUAAAUAGCGAAUCCACCAUGGCGCGAAAACAACUGCUCUUAAACGGAAUGGGAGAUGAGUCUCUGAUUGGUUUACUGCACGUUUUGCCCAAAACACACCCAUGAUUCAUUAAGAGAAUCGGAACAACCCGUUUAGACCAUGCGCUUGGGCGCGCCAACCGUUUUCUCGUCGUUAAACUAGCAAAAGUGGAUUCGGACACGCCCUGAUUGCACCUGCUCCGUGCGCUUUACACCAUGCGCUUAGAUCGUGAAAACAGGGCCCUCUAGCUCCAAAUGACGUUAAUGGCUGUGGCCAUAACUCUGACGUAUUGGCUUCCUUUUUUUACAAUGGAAGUGAAUGGGAGCGCAUUGUCCAUAUUUUAUACGGUUUAUGUUUUAAACUGUUACUGCAGGAUGUUUUUUCCGCAGGUUAAUAGUGGAAGGAUUUCGAUAUUUAGCUGUCAUUCUUAAAAUGAUUAUGAAAGUUCUGUUAUUUGGAUUAGGGACAUUAGGUGUGAUGAUUGAUGUUGUUACAAAGAUCUGGCAACCUUGCCAAGCCGGUCUGUUAACCCUCAAGAGCAUACUGACUGGGCAUUUGCAACUAUAGUUAUACACAUGUAUGAUUAUGAAAACUUAUUUACUUUUGUGUAAACUCAAACUUGUCUAAACUAACACAUGACAAAAAUGUAUCCCAUUUUUUUCAGGAAUUUAAAGCCGCUUGGAUUUCACAGCCAUUGCUGUGCAGCGUUGUGGCCUCAGUGGACCUUUACAAAAUGGCGGACAUGUCUACUAGCGCUCUUAUGCGACAUCUAGUUAUAUUAUAUAUCUAUGUAAAAAUAGCCCAACAUUAUGUGAUUCUACAGAAAAAAUACUUCACCUAAAAAAAUAAGUACUGUUAUUAUUUACUCACUCUGAAAGUAGUUUGCUGUUGUUUUUCAUGAAAUACACUAAUGCAGGAGUGGGAAACUUCCUGAUGUGACAUAUUUCAUUUGACCUUAUUAUCGUUUUUGUUUGUCAAUUAUUAACAGCAAUUUAAAAAACUCUAUAGAAGGAAUUUUAACUUAUAUUUUAAAGUUAAACCAGACCCAAUCAAAACUCUCGUCUACAGUAUAUUCAGUAUUACAUUUAGACUGGUUGUGUUUUGGUAGAGAAAUGACAUUUCUCAGAGAUGGAGUGUGGGAGGUCUGGCGCACCCAUAAAUAGAGACUAUCAAUGGCUCUGCUUCACAGAUCCUGGUUACUUUCAACUGAUGUCUUAUGGCAGGAGUUAAAUAAAUAAAUAAACAAACAAAUUUCUGCUUUCUAUGAAAAACUAACUACACGAGGAUGAGAAAAUAACCACAGAUUUUGGACCUGAGCAAUUCUUUUUGAACUCUAAACUAUACUGUACCAUAUGAAGUCACAAUAGUUUAGAUAAUAUCGCUGCAUUAUCGCGAGCACAGUGUUUAGUUUUUAUGUUUAUUAUUUUGUGAUUCAUGAAGGUUUGCCCUAUAGUGUGAAAAUCAUCUGAAAUCUCUUCCUUUCAAGGGCACAGGGUGAAAUACAGGCUUUCAGUUUCUUCUCUUUCUGUUUACUGCCACAGAGCUCCUGUACUUGACAAAUUUCCUUUAAGAAAAAAUGGUAACACUUAACAUAAAGUAGCAUGUCAGAACGCCUACACAGUAAAAUAAUGAACACAAAUAAAUGCUUAAUUAGUGAAUUAAUACAAAUGAUCAUAAAUUACAUGAAUUACAUAAAUAUUUUUCAUUAUUUCACUAAUUUUAAAAUAUCCUUUCAAGUUUGAGGUCAACAUUGACAAAAAAAGACAAAAGCUGCGUACAGCACAGCCACAGUUGUACUUUAAUUGUAUUUUGUCCAGGUGUUGUUGAGGUAUAUAAGGCGUCAUGACUAACUGCUGUGUGGAAAGCGCUACUGAAUUAUCCUGCUAAAGGUUGUUGCACUACUGCUUUCCUUAUCUGGAAAGAUUCGCUUUUGGCAGCAUAAAAGUAAGUUAUAUUAGUUAGAAGAAGGAGAAUAUUUGUAAAGAUGCAUCGAAAAGCAACAAAUUAAUAUCAGAGCCAGAAGAAAAAAUGAUUUGAUGCAUCUACCAUGCUUCUUACCACAUUUAUUCUCUGAAAUAUAUUUUUAUUUUAGUUUUUCAUGAUUAUGUUUAAUAGAAAUUAUUUAAUUGUAGAAAUUUGAUUUCUUAAGGGUACCUGAGGAAAGACCUUUUUUUCUGAGGAGAAAUAUAUAUGAUGUGCAGAUUUUACCCCAAAUCCCUCUCUUGUGGACUGAGUGCCCUGUUUCAAGGGUGUUACCAUCACUGUGAUCAUAAUACCUCUCUUCCCCUCAUAUGAAUCAUCCCAAACAAGGCACUGACUAAACUGAUUCUAUUUUGGCUAAAAAUAUUGCACCUUUUUUUGAAGUGCAAAUCCAGUGCCAGAGAGGACAUGGAGACAGCGGUGCCUAAAUUGUGUCUCAGAACUCAUUCACUCAGCAUUUUGCGUGGUGACACAAAGAUGAAGGGUAUAUGCAUACACACAUAUGUUGUGUAUAUAGUGACUGACAUCAAGAUAUGAAUGUUGAGAUGAUUGAGUUGAUUAUUGUGUGAAUAUUUGUAUACUGUAGAACAAGUUAAUAAAUAAAUGAGGCAAAAGUCUCAUCUGUGCAA